AUGAAUAGCAUCGAUAGUUAUUAGAGUAAAGCUACAAUUAAUGCAUAAUCGAUUAUUUCUAAGAUAGCCACUCGAAAUGGACAAGCAGAGUAAGUUGAUCAAAUUAAAUAUUAGCAAUACCUCCCUAAUAGCAGCUUUGGAUGAGGAAACUGUUUCAGCUGCUUGGAAUGCAUUUGGUAUUUUCUAACACAUUACUAUAAAGGUCUUCAUAUUUCAAGACAAUUGCGUAUGGGUAGAGGAGUGGCAGUCAACAAGUUUGGAACAUUUUCAUUUAGUGCUCCAGAUGUAAUUUUGGAUGGAGUAACAAAUCCAGUAGAUAGAGAUAAGUAGCCUCGUUAACCAGUUUUCCUUGUUGCUAAAGUAUUUCAUCUUAAGUUACUCAAAGGAAUUCGUUAAUGGUUUUAAUCUCAAAACUGCCAUAGCAAUUGGUCGAUAAUUAAGACCUUAUAAAGUUCAAACAUCUGGUAAAAUUUAACAUGCCAUUGUUAAUUGGGCUGAGAUUGCACUUUAUGCUUCAUAGAAUAAGGACUCUGCUAAGAUGGCUGUAGAAAGAGUGUUAAAAUCAUUAUCUGAUAUUGUACGCAAUGUAUUUAACAAUCAUUUAAAGAUAGAGAGAUAUAGUAGAAGUUGAGAUCCCAUGUGUUGGUACAUUCUUUGUCAAAGCACGUUGUGCAGCUGUUUAAUUCCUUGAAUCUUUGAUGGAUAGUUGCAAAGUAAUUAGCAUUUUUAAUGAAAGGAAAUAACCAAAAGACCUUUAUCAGAAAGAAAAUCUAAGGGAGACAUGAGAUUAACUCAAUAAUAUUUGCAAUAAUUAAGUAAAAGUUCUCAUCCUGAGGAAAAUAAUUUUGUGAUUGAUGACAAUGCAAAAAAUUAUCUUACUAAUUAAUUAGGAAUUGAAUUACCAGAAACAAGACCUAAAACAGCUAAACAUUCUUUAUAUUCAUCCAAAAAAGGACCUUUAAUGAGUAAAACUGUAAAUAUUAUAUAUUAUAAUUAUUUAAUAGAUUGAAGUUAGACCAUCAACACAAUAAAAUUCUAGAAUAGGAUUCUCCAAAUCUGUAAAUGAUAAAGUUUAUGCACUUGAAAGAUUGAAAUAUUAUAUUCGAGAUCAUGCUUUAAAUAUAGAAGAUGUAAAUUAAAUUAUAUAUUCUUAGUCUUUUUUAGAUUUAUGUUAAUAAGCCUUUGGAAAGACUAGUGAAAGGAAAGUUCGUAUGAAUUUUGAUGAUUUUAAAAAAGCUGUCUAAUAGAUUUAAUUGCCACUUAAUGAAAUUUAAAUUAUUACAUUAUUUUAAACACUUGAUGUAAAUAAUGAUGGAUUUAUUGAUAAAUUUGAUUGGCUUAAAGCAGUUGUAGAUAAAAGUAAAUAUUAAUAAUUAUAUAAAUUGAAUAGAAUCUCAUGUGAAUUAUAUCAAAGAUGUUGUCUAUAAAUUCUAAAUUCACACUGAUGAUUUAUUGCAAAGAAUGAAUUUAAAUAGAGAUCAUCCUCCAGUUAACCUUUAAUAAUUGAAAUAAGCUUUAAUGCAUUUAGAUGAAUCAUUAAAUUAGAAUAAAGCAUUGAAAGUAGCAAAAGAGAUAUUAGAUGGAAAAGAAACCAUUAGUAUGAAUGACAUUUUAAUCUUAUUUAAUACUGUUGAAGAAGAAGAUAAAAUAUAUGAUCUUUCUUGGUUCAAAGAUACUCUUCAUAAAAUGAGAGAUCAUCUAAUUAAUCCUCAAAAAUUAAAAGUAUUUAGACAAUCAUUCGAAUAUUUUGAUGAACAUUAAGAAGGUAAUUUGGAUACAGCUAAUUUUAAAACUGUAUUGAUGGAAAGUUAAUUAGGAUUAAAUGUUUAAGAUAUUAAUAGAUUAGUAAGAUAUCUUCCUAAGAAUAGAGAAUCUUUGAUAAAUUAUUAUGAUUUUAUUUAAAUGAUUAUGGAUGUUGAUAAAUAAAUGGAUUAAAAAGAUACAGCAAAAGACCUUGUUGAUUUUGCUUAAAAAAUUAGUAAGUAUUUGACUCAAAGAAAAUUUACAGUCAUACAAUUUUUAUAAUAAGUAAAAUCAGGAUAUGGAUCUUGUAAUAUUGAAUCUACUUCUUAAUAUCUUGAAAAAAAUCUUUUUUAAUAAUUACCACAUGAUGAAUGUUUAGAAUAUUGUAGAGAAAUGGAUGUUGAUGGAAAUGGAGUUGUAAGUGAUGAAGAUAUGAAUAUUUUCAUUAAACGAUAUUCAUAUUUUAAUAUAAGAAAAGAUCAAUCUCAAAUAGAAUAAAUUGCUGAAUAGAUGAAAAUUAAACCUUAAUAUAGUGAUACUUUAUCUGCUAUUGAAAAAACUUUUGUUUAAUCCAAAUCUAUUGAUUUAAUUACUAUGGGUUAAAAAAAGAUGUUUUAGUCUUUAGUUGAUGGAAUGAAUUAAACAAAAAGUCUAUUUCCUAUAGAAGAAUUGCCAGAAUCUAAAUUUGAUCAUAUACUAAAAGAUUUACGUAUUAAAUUAAAUAGAAAGGGAAUGUCUUAUGAAGAACUAUUUACCUUUUUAGAUACUGAUCAUAAUGGAUUCUUAUCAAUAAGUGAAUUUUAUAAUAUUGAUAAAAUUAUGACAUUGAGUUAACCUGCUAAAGAUGGAUUUUUUGCAUUUAUGGAUAAGUAGAGAAUUGGUUUGAUUGAUCUAAAUACUUUUGUAAAGUUUUUGAGCAAGUCUAUAAUUUAAUAGAUGCCAUAAUUAUAAGAAGAUGAUUGGGAUUGGGAAUUAGAGAUCUUAUUUAAAAUAAGAAAUUGGUGUCAAAGAGAGAAUAUUACUAUUGAAGAUGCAUUUAGAACAUUUGAUAAAGAUUUUGAUGGUUAAGUUAAUAAAACUGAUUUAAGAACAUUUCUCAAAGAUAUAUUGAAAAUAGAAGAGAAAGAGAUUACAGAAGCAAAAAUUAAUAGAUUAUUUAAAUUGAUGGAUUAAUAUAAAAGAGGAAAAAUAACUUUAAUGGAUUUUAGAAGAUUUGUUGAAGAAGGAUUUUUCUAUGGUAAAAACAAAUAAAUAUUUGGAUAAAGUACAACUUUAGCUGUAAAAUAAUAAUAAGAAUCUAGAUCUUCUUUUGAUUGGAAAAUGAAUGCUAGAUAAUAGAUAGGAUUAAUAAUAAGUAGACAUUAUCCAAAUGUUAAAGAAUCUUUUGAUAUAGUUUCAGGAUAUCGUAAGAAAUUAGUAUUCUAAAAAUUUAAGAAAUGGAUAGAUGAAAAAAAUGUUUUGGCAGGAUUUGAUUUAACAGAGAAAUUAGUUUAUGAGAUAUUUUCUGAUCUUGAUUCUCAUAAAAAAGGAUAUUUAGUUGAAUCAGAUUGGUUGAAUGCUUUUGCUCAAUAUAAUUGGUAAGAUUAGAUGAUUAAAGAAAUCUAAGAUGCCUUAUCAACAUAUUUCUCUAGUAUUUAAAAUGCAAUCCAUUAUUUCUAAAUGGAACAUAGUCAUAUAAUUACUAAAGAAAGCUUUUAUAAAGCUAUUUAAGCAUUAUUUCCAAAAAGAUUUGUUGAAGGAGAUAUAGAAAUAUUAUGGAAUAGAGUUUAAAAGAAUGGAUCAUUAAGUAAUCAUGCAUUUGCACUUAUUUUUGGAAAAGGUGGUAAAAUCUAUGAACAAGCAGAAGGACAAUCAUAAUAAUUAGCUAUUCGUCCAGCUACUUAAGGGUAUUAUUAUAUAUAUUUAUAAUAUUAGUGGAUUAUCUGAAUUACCUUUAGAUGAAAGAAAUUAAGUAAAUAUCAGUUUACUAGAUAAAAUCAGAAGAUUUUUAAGAAAUUCAAAUAAAAAUAUUAAUGAAUUAUUUAAAUAAUAUGAUAUGGACAACACUGGAUUUAUUACUAAUUUAGAAUUCAGAUAAGUAAUUCGAAGUUUGAAUAUGGGAUUAACCUUUUAAGAUAUUGAUAUUUUAUCAGCUAUGCUUGAUACUGAUAGAAAUAGUAUGGUGAAUUGGAAGGAAUUUUCUAAGAAAUUAGAUUUUAGAUAAGCUGAUAAUAAAAUACUUGAGAGAGCUGGUAUUCAUUUAUAAAGAGUCAAUGAUCACAUUUAUCAUUAUUUAUUAUCUCCUAAAGAUGCAUUCAGAUAAAUAGAUGCAUAACACACAGGAUUUUUGACCUUUGAUAAAUUUAAGGAUAUGAUUGAAAUGUUAUAUAGAUUAGCAACAGAAGAAAUUCCACCAUUUGCUAUAAUAAAAGAUCUAUUUGAAUUUAUUGAUAAAAGAAGGGAUGGACAUCUAGAUUUAACUGAAUGGAUGGAUGCAUUUUCUAAAUUCUCAAAUCCUAAUGAAAAGAAAAGGUUUUUAAUUAUUAUAUAAUUUUAGACCCAUGAGUGCUAAUAUAAGAAUUAAGAAAACUUCUUAGAAAUCAUUAAUGGCCUAGACUGAUAAGAAUUGGUUAACUAAAUCAAAUGCAAAUUCUCAUCAAUAAUUUGAAGGUUUAACUGAUGAUGGAUUAAUAAAUGCUUAAAGUAAAUUCAAAACAUUUCUCAGAAAACCACCUGCUAAAUAAAGUGCACUCUAAUAUGUUGGUAAUUUUUAUUAUUUUUAAUUUAGAAAAUGGAAUUUGGGAGAGUUCUAAAGAAUUUGAUAAAACUAUAAAUGCAAUUGGUAAAAAUAGAAAAUACCUUUUGGAAAUCUUUAAACAUUUGACAUAAAAUGGAUAAAUACCAUUAACAGAAGAUGUAUUUAAGUAUUUUAUAUUUAAAUAGCUUAUUAAAUAAGAGAUGGAUAGGAUGUUGAGAUCUUAAGGAAUUGUUGUCAGAGAUGAACAGUGGCCUUAACUUAUUUCUUGGUCCAAGAAGAAUGGACGCAUUGAUUAUAAAUUUUUACUUGAAGUUUACAAAGAUCGUUUAAAUGGUAUGGAUACCUAACCCAGAACGGGGGAUGACGAGUGAAUAUUUAUUAAAUCAGCUAGCCAUAUUAUAAUAUUAAUUAAAUAAAAAUUUAAAAAAAAGCCUUUACCAGCUUUUUAAAAACAAAAGUCUUCCCCAGAAUCAAAAAAGUAAAUUAAAAACCUAAAGUUAUCUAGUGAGCAGUAACAAAACCCGAGUUUUAAAACAGUCUUAGAAAUACAACAGCUCUAAGUGUCUCUUUGUUCCAAAAAAUAAGGAAUGUCAAUCAUACUAUAUCACUCCCCCUUCGAAAUAUAAGGUAUUUCAAUUUUAAACAUUAUAGAAUCCACUCACUAAUAUUGAGGAAUUAAAUAUUGAUUCUAACUGUUCGACUGAUAGCAGUCAACGAUUAGAAAAUUUAAGUCCAUUGUAUUACUGUCCAAAAGGAAAAGAACCAUGUGGUGAGUUGCAGGUAGUCCUAAAUGGUGAUCUGAUUUAAGUGAUUUCUUAGACUAAAAACAGAAAGAAAUCACGAAAAUUCAGUGACUAAGAGACCUAUGCUAUGAGCAAUUUCAUCGCAGGUCCUAAAUGUUAGGAAAUACCUUGCCCUUAGUUCCUUUGAU